GGCCCCGCCCCGUGCCCAUCCGCGCCUGUGGCUCCCCGCUGGUCUCUCCGGAGUCCCGCGGCCCGGGGUGUCAGCUUUCCGCCGCAGGCAGCCGGCGCAGCGCUGCCUAGCCCCCCCUCGGCCCCUCCCUCGAUCGCUGUGCUCGGGUAGUCCUUGGCGGGCGGCCUGCGGGCGGGCCGCCCUCUCAGCCGUAGCCCACCCCCUCUUAAAGCCGCGGCGGGAAGAUGAGGUUUCGUGAGCCGCUCCUGGGCGGCAGCGCCGCGAUGCCGGGCGCGACCCUGCAGCGGGCCUGCCGCCUGCUCGUGGCCGUCUGCGCGCUGCACCUCGGCGUCACCCUGGUCUAUUACCUCUCGGGCCGCGACCUGAGCCGCCUGCCCCAGCUCGUCGGGGUUUCCUCUACACUUCAGGGCGGCACGAUGGGCGCCGCCGCCAACCAGCAGCCCCCGGGAGAGCUCCGGCCUCGGGGCGCGCGGCCGCCGCCUCCUGCGGGAGUCUCCUCGAAGCCUCGUCCGGGUCCCGACUCCAGCCCUAGUGUGGCUUUUGACCCCGGCCUGAAGAGCAACUUGACUUCGGUCCUAGUGCCCCCUACCACUGCAGUGCUGACGCUGCCCGCUUGCCCCGAGGAGUCCCCGCUGCUCGUUGGCCCCAUGGUGAUUGACUUUAAUAUUGCUGUGGAUCUGGAGCUUUUGGCAAAGAAGAACCCAGAGAUAAAGACGGGCGGUCGUUACUCCCCCAAGGACUGCAUUUCUCCUCACAAGGUGGCCAUCAUUAUCCCAUUCCGCAACCGGCAGGAGCAUCUCAAAUAUUGGCUCUAUUAUUUGCAUCCAGUCCUACAGCGCCAGCAACUGGACUAUGGUAUCUACGUCAUCAACCAGGCCGGAGACACCAUGUUCAAUCGCGCCAAGCUCCUCAACAUUGGCUUCCAGGAGGCCUUGAAGGACCAUGACUACAACUGCUUUGUGUUCAGUGAUGUGGACCUCAUUCCGAUGGACGACCAUAAUGCCUACAGGUGUUUUGCACAGCCACGGCACAUUUCCGUUGCAAUGGACAAGUUUGGGUUUAGGCUGCCUUACGUCCAGUACUUUGGAGGUGUCUCUGCUCUCAGCAAACAACAGUUUCUUGCCAUCAAUGGAUUUCCUAAUAAUUAUUGGGGCUGGGGAGGAGAAGAUGAUGACAUUUUUAACAGAAUAGUUCAUAAGGGAAUGUCUAUAUCACGCCCAAAUGCUGUAGUCGGAAGGUGUCGCAUGAUACGACACUCAAGAGACAAGAAAAAUGAGCCCAAUCCUCAGAGGUUUGACCGGAUUGCUCACACAAAGGAAACUAUGCGGUUUGAUGGUUUGAACUCACUUACAUACAAGGUGUUGGACGUAGAGAGAUACCCAUUAUUUACCAAAAUCACAGUGGACAUUGGGACACCAAGAUAGCAUUUUGGAACGAAUAAGAGACCUGAAAAUGGCCAGGGGCCUCAGAUGUGUGUCUCUGCCAGUAGACUGGGCUGGUCCCUCUCAUUUGUACAAUCUGAAUGAUAGUGUUCCUUGCUGUCAUUCAGACACCUUUCCAGAUGCCCAUGGCGAAUGCAACAUUCACCCCAACCUGGCUUGGCACUGGAUGAAAUUCUGCAAGGCGUUUGUCAGUGUAAAAGCAUUUGGAGGCUUCUUGGACAUGUCCAUUGUGUCACCUCCAAAGAAACAGAACUGUAAACAACUCAGAACUUAGUGGCUGUGGAUCACAUUCCCACUGGUGAAACUGCUAAAUCCUGAAAUGGAUAAGAACUUUGCUUUAAUCUGUGAUGUUCAGACUUCACGACAAAUUGAAGACUGCUGCUGGAUUCAGAUUGAUGUGAUACUCUUGAAUUUUUUUAUACAAAAAUCAAAAUUUCAGUCAGUCUCAUGUUCUGUCCCUGUCCUAUGUUCUCUCAAUGGUAUGCAACUAUUGCAAUCACUGUGUGUGUGUGUGUGUGUGUGUGUGUGUGUGUGUGUGUGUGUGUGUGUGUGUAUGUGUGUGUUCUUAGCAAAAGAAUUUAAAACUUGAUCCUGGAACUUGGUGCCCUGUUAGUGUGUGGAGUCUGAGGCCUUGCACUCAGAGUGGGGACCUCAGCUCCUCUCACCCACAUGGCCUGUCUCCAGAUCCCUGGCUGGUUUCUGAAUGUAAAGCUUUGGGGAUGUUUGUUUGUUUGUUUUUUAAGAAGCAGUUUGUGGUGUUUUAAAAAAUAAAUCGAGAUCUUCUAAUUACUCUAUAGCUUGAUUUUGUGUUGAUCCAAAUUGGAAUAGCUAUUGAGUGUUAAGUCAUGACAAUUUAUUUUUCUAGGCAUGCUAUGUAAACUUGAAUUUCCUAUGUAUUUUUAUUGUAGUAUUUUAAAUGUGGGGAAGGAACUGAGUGUUUUUUAGGGAGAAAAAUAAUGUAUGCUGUAGUGGUCACAAGUGAGCCUCUGAUUUGGCCGGCAGGCAGGCAGAGCAAAAUUACCCUCAGGUCCCCUGGUGAGGGCAAAGCCUACAGGUCAGCAUCAUCCUCCAGACUCUGGGUCAGGCAUGUGGGAGACGGCCUCUGCCUGCCUGGAACAACUCUCCCUCCACUCCCCCAGGUGGGCCUGGUGGAGGGACCCUCAGCCUUCUAGAACUGACCUCUCAGGGCCCUAGGCUGUGGGGUUGAGAAAUCAUAGCAGUCAGGUUGUUCACCGUCCCUCAGAGCCUCGUGCCACACUCCCUGACCCACCCAAAGUAACCAGUUCUUACUCCCUCUUGCUCUUUUUCCUCGGCUUCCUUCCCCACAAGUUCCCGUGGCACUCAGGUCAGACUUCAUUCUCCAGCAUGAUUGUGCCUUUUAAUUAGAGACCUAGAAAGUUCACCGGAACCCACACCUCCUCCUUCCUGAGAAUCCUGGUGCCUACAAAGUCCCUCAUCACCACUCAGGGUUUCAGCAGGUGCUGCCCCUCCUCAGUCUAAUCCACAGGGGUCAUUCGCAAACUCACCUGUGCUGGUGUGCAGUGUCUGGAGGUAUCGAGAGCAUCAGGCUGGGAGGGCUUAAAAGAGGCAGCCUGGGUUGACACCCUAAGAUUCGCAGUCUAAUCCCAGAGCUAAGCCCCCUUCUUCCUUGUGGCAGCCUGGGUAGAUGCCGAGAGGAGGGAUGGCUCUGAUCCUUCCUGUGCCUUCAUUGCUCUGAGCAUCACAGUGCUGACUUGCUGCUCGUUCCGGAAGCUUUCCUAAUGUGUGGGUUAGAGACUUAUCCCCAGCCAAAGCAGUCAGGCUGUGCAAGAUCUGUGCCCCCUCCAUGGCCCAUCCCCCUAGCAGGUCACUGAAACCGAUACUGCUGCAGUGAGAGGGCUUGGGGGAAAUGGAGAGGACUUUUCUUCUGUCCCCAGAUCCCGACUUUUCCAAAGUGCCUUAAAAGAAGGGAGACAGAUGCUGGGUGGCGGUGUCUGUGUCACCUCCUUGCCUCCUAAAGCAAAGCUGCCUUUUCUCAAUGCUGUUCCUCUUGGGUUUUCUUCAUGUCAAAUGUAGUUCAAUUGCAGAACCAAGGGAAAUUGUCUUGCCUGUUCCUCCUCCUUCCAGUAUUCUCCGGGUCACCUCGGGGCCCGUGCACAACUAAGAUGCUGCUGGGCAUGGACAUUUGCCCUGCCCAGGAGAUGCCGAUGUCAGCCUCCUGUUUGGGGCCUGGAGGAUUGAGGAGUCAGGGAGCAUUUCCUUGGCCUGCGAGUUCAGAUCCCCGUGUCUCAUGCUGUGCCUGUCUCUGUCUUUGUUUGCUGUUGACCUGUGUAGAGUGGCUUUGGGAAAUACCAGUGGCACAGGAAGUCAAAGGAAAUGCUCUGCUGGCCUUCAGCCUGGCAGGGUCCACACUGACCACUGAGCUGUUCUAGAUACCUGUGAUGCUGUGUAUGUACUUUGAUAUGCUGUGUAUGCAAAUGUGUGUAUUUACCACUGGGCCUAGGGGCUGGUGUGGGGGAGCUGUCUCUGACCUUGAUGUUCAGAACAGACAUCUGUAUUUUUGCCUUUGAAAUGCAGUAAUAUAACAUGAAUAAAUGACCCUAUCUUUGUAA